GGAGGAUGAUGAUGAUGAUGAUUGGGACUGGAAUGAGACAAGUGGUGGAAACUUUACUAAACGCUUUACUGCACUGCGGACUGGAAACAAUCAGCAGGCAAAUCGGCAGAACACGCAAAAAUCAGAUAAGAUGUCCACCCCAUCAGACAAGGUUCUGAGGAAGUUUGAACACAAAAUAAACCUGGAUAAGCUGAAUUAUGCUGACUCAGUCAUUAACAAAGUCACUGUGAUGCAAAGACAGCGAGAAGCAGACACGUAUCGAGUGAAAGAUAAGUCAGAUCGAGCUACAGUGGAACAGGUACUGGAUCCUAGGACUCGCAUGAUUCUCUUCAAAAUGCUCAGCAGAGGCGUCAUUUCAGAGAUCAACGGCUGCAUCAGCACAGGCAAAGAGGCCAACGUCUACCACGCAACCACGGCCAGUGGAGAAAGCAGAGCAAUUAAGAUCUACAAGACCUCCAUUCUGCUGUUCAAGGACAGAGAUAAAUACGUCAGUGGAGAGUUUAGGUUUCGGCAUGGCUACUGUAAAGGAAACCCAAGGAAAAUGGUUCGAACCUGGGCUGAGAAGGAGAUGAGGAAUCUGAUCAGACUGCAGACAGCGGGGAUUCCCAGUCCAGAACCCAUCAUGCUCCGGAGUCAUGUCUUAGUCAUGGGUUUUGUCGGGAAAGAUGAAAUGCCUGCUCCUUUACUAAAGAAUGCUGCACUGUCUGAAUCCAAAGCACGUGAGCUUUACCUGCAGGUCAUCCAGAACAUGAGGCUGAUGUACCAGGAGGCUCGACUCGUCCAUGCCGAUCUCAGUGAAUUUAACAUGCUGUACCAUGAAGGAGAUGCUUACAUCAUUGACGUUUCUCAGUCUGUGGAGCAUGACCAUCCUCAUGCACUGGAGUUUCUUCGGAAAGACUGCAGCAACGUAAAUGACUUCUUUUGGAAACAUAAUGUAGCAGUGAUGACAGUUCGGGAGCUGUUCGAGUUUAUUACAGAUCCAUCCAUCACAAGUGACAACAUAAACCAGUACCUGGAAAAGGCGAUGGAGAUUGCCUCAUCAAGGACUGUGGAGGAGAGAUCCAACCAAGACAAAGUGGAUGAUGAGGUUUUUAAAAAAGCUUACAUUCCCCGUACUCUUAACGAAGUAAGUCAUUAUGAACGAGACGUGGACUCCAUGGUAAAGGAGCAGGAAUCAUCAACAAACUUGCAAAAUGACAGCAUUCUAUACCAGACAGUAACAGGCAUGAAAAAGGAUCUUUCCGGAGUGCAAACGGUUCCUGCUUUACUGGAGGGCGGUGCUGAGGAUGAAAGCUCCAGCAGUGAUGAAAAUGAUGAUGAUGACGACGACGAUGAGGAUUCUGAAGAACAGGACACACAAGAACACAACCAGGACAAAACACAACCGCUGGAUAAAAAGGAAAGAAAAAAGCUGGUUAAAGAAGCUCAGAGAGAGAAACGGAAAAACAAAGUACCCAAGCAUAUGAAGAAACGCAAGGAGAAAGUUGCCAAAAUGAAAAAAGGAAAAUGAGACAAACAUUCAGAGAAACUGACUAAAUGAUGCAAUAUAUGGAAAAUGUGUUGCUGUGCCUUUCAAACCAUUUAAACAUCUUUAUUAUAACAGCCCAAA